CCACUACACGUGAUUCACCCAAUCACCACGCCUCCUUCAGCUUUCCCGAGGUGCGGGGCAGCUGUGGCUUGUGCUAUUUACAAAUUAUAUGAAUUUAACUUUCAUUCUCCAGCUAGUCGAAUGUAAGGAUGAUAUAUAAUGCUUGAGGUGUUUCUGUCGAGCGUUUAAUUUGAACACCAUUAGCGCGUGACAAGCCGUUACUCAACCGCUUGUGUAACACAUGCAUUGCUGGCUGGUAACUAAUUAGCUAGCUAGCUAAUGUUUGCCUACGUUACGACAGAGUCAGGUAGCCAACUGGGAAGAAGGAAAUUUAACGUCUUCGGUGGAGCUAGUUUGUUGCCUAUUCAGUCAGCACGUUUACCGCUGUGGUGGGUUCAAUGUAUUUGCAAAUGUUUUCGCAAGUGAGAGCAUUGUUGUUGUCGGGUUUGACAAAAUGUCCCAGUUGUGUAAACUCAACGACCGCAAAAAGUGUGGCACCUGCCCUCUGCAGCAGGCAUCAGCAUCGGACCUUUAGCUCUGAGCCGGCAGGUGUCAAGGUGCUGUAUGAUGGGCUUUGUCCCAUAUGCGUGACAGAGAUCCGGUUCCUCCAGUAUCUGCAGAGAAAUCGGCCUGGGAAAGUAUAUUUUAUUGAUAUCUCCCUGCCAGACUACAAUGCAGAGAAAUACAAGACUGUCAGCUACGAGAUGGCAAUGGAGGAAAUGCAUGUAAUUGAUGAGAAAGAUGAGGUUUACCGUGGGAUCCCAGCAUUUGCAGUGAUGUACAGUGCAGUGGGCCUUGGCUGGUUGGGUCGCUUCAUGAUGUGGUCACCUGUAAGACCAUUCAUGGACCAGUCCUAUGCCAUCUUUGCCAGGAAUCGCUUAAAGUGGACUGGACGAGGGGAGGAGUGCAGAACAGGACGCUGUGAAAAGAAAACGCAUUGACUCGUGACCACAGAGAAAAUGAAGUAUGUUUCAUAAACUAAUUUAACGGGAAGAAGAACUGGAUGGUUUAUCCCGCUUAACCAUGAGUUUAUUAGGAAUCUGGCUGG